CGAAAACACAGCGGGUUCGGAACUAGUUUAAAAGUUGCCACAACGUAAACGUAAACAGUAUCAGCUGAUGUUUACAGUAAAGCUGAAAUAUUUGUGAUGAUGGCAGACUUGGUCAGGGGAGAAGCUUCCGAAUCUGACGAGGAACAGGAUGCGGACAAGCAUAAUAUUUUUGCAGCUGAAGUUUCUGGCGAAGCGACCGAAGAAGAUGAGGACAUGGAUAUCUAUGAGAAGUCCAGCAGUGGUGUGAGCGCAACUGCCUCCAUGUAUCGCAACAAUCUACUGCAGCGCAAACUAAUUGAAAACAACGUUACAAUAUGGAGAUCACUGAAUGCUCUAUCACGUGGUUUUGUGAUGAAUGCAUCCAAGCAGCUCCUGACUACGGAUCAAAUGCUUAUCAAGUCUCAGGUGUCCUUGCAGUCAGCUAACACCGCCUUACAACAGGCCCAAAAGAAUGCAGCUCUAUUGCAAACUAAAGUUGCUUCAGCUUUAUCGUGUAGUUUCUUACCUGAUAUUAAAAUAAACCAAGCCAGCAGCUAGCUAAA